AUGGUGCUCUCUCGCUUGGUGUUGCUCUGCUGUGCGCUGUCCGCUGGUAGCGCAGCUGCGCCCUUCGACUUCCCCGACCUGACAAGCUACAGCCAGCCAUGUGAGCCCUUCACGUGCCGCCCUAAGCGAGCAGCAGCCCCCGUCAAGGACUUUGAAUUCACAGCAAAUGGCUGUGGUACCUCCGGCAUGCCUAUUUCCACUUCAACGGACUUCCAGGAAUGCUGCGACUGGCAUGAUGCGUGCUACAGCGUAUGUGGCAUGCCCAAGGCCAACUGCGAGAAACGCCUGCAAAAGUGCAUGAAAGCGAGGUGCAAGGCCAUCCGGGACCCCAACAAGCGCGAAGAGUGCUUCUCGACCGCCAAGAUCUUCUACAUCGGCGCCAAUAUGAUCGCGUGUCCGGCGUACCAGGACGCGCAGAAGGAGGCGUGCGACUGUGUGCCAACUGAGGACGCCGCUGCCGCCACGCGUGAUCGUCUGGAGUAUUUCCUCGAGCAGAACGGCGCGCCGGAAGAAGAACUGGAGGACGAGGCCAUCGACACGUUGCUGAAGAAGUACAAGGGCCAGGAGCCCACCAUGUUCCUACGGGUCCUUAAGAAAUACCCCAAGGCGCUUAAGACGGACCCGAAAAAGACCAACUUCAUGGACGAUAUCGUCAAAAGUGCCGAUAAGGAUCUGAAGAAGAAGAAACGUAAGGCUGUCGAGAAGGACGUGCCUGUGGACGAGCACGAGGAGCUGUAGACCAUAGGAGCUC